UUCUAAUUUAAGUUGGUUCGUCGGCAAAAAGAAUCAAAUAAAACUUAGAACACCCCGUAAAAGGGCAACUAAGUUUUUACAAUGGAUCAAUGGAUUGGUGAAGGCCUGUCCAAAAUAUUGGACUUCGAAAUACCUGGAGAAAUGAUACAGUUUAUAUUGUCAAUCCAGAAUGAGAUGGACUUAAAGGAGCAUAUGAGCACUCUGCUGGAUUUCGACAAUCCGCAGCAUAAAAACUUCUUCCUUGAAUUGUCUAAAAGGAAAUUUCCAAGUAGGGGUGGCAACACAGCACCUAAACAGCAAAAGAAGAAGAUAUCUAAAAACAAGCAGCAACAGGAUUUCAUUAGCGCUGAAGUUCCGAAGCAGCCUGAACCCAUCCCUAUUGAGGAUGCCAAGUCUAAGAAGAAGACUAAGUUCGUCAACCUUUACUCGCAGGAGGGCAAGAAUGCUCAAGUUGUGUUGUUGAAAGGCCGUCACCAUUGCGACUGUCAGGCAUCUAAGCACGAGUUGAUCAACAACUGUCUACAGUGUGGCCGAGUUGUUUGCAAACAGGAAGGCUCUGGUCCGUGCCUGUUCUGUGGAAAUUUGGUGUGCACCCCAGGGGAACAGAGAGAAUUAAACGCCAAGACAAAGGCGAGCGCCAAGCUAAUGGAGACUCUCAUGGAACGGAACCGGCCUAAAGGCUGGGAAGCCGCUGUUUCGCAUAGGAAUAGGCUAUUAGAGUUCGAUCGCACCAGUGAGCGACGUACGCGCGUGACAGACGAUGACAGUGACUAUUUCAACGCGGGCAGCGUCUGGCUGAGUGCGAGCGAGAAGGAGAAACUGAGCCGCUACCAACAAUCCUUACACGACAAGAAACACGCCAGCAGGCUGGCCAAGAAAAUGACCUUCGACUUCGCAGGUCGUCAAAUAGUGGAAGACAACACCAUAGAGCACGAUGUGGACGAAGAUCGGAUCCGUGAGAUCACAGGCGGCAGCGGAGGCGGAGGCGGCAGCGUUAUGCUGCAGCCCAACAUGCACGUCGGGGUCCCCUCCGACAGGGAUGUCGCUCCGGGGGUUAAUGCGCCGUUGCUGCAGUUCGACGAGUCCGUGCAAAGCCAGGCGUACGCCGUGGCGGUCAAAACGCCAGGGUUCGACUCCAGCCAGAGCCGCAUCCAGGACCCCGAGAUCCAGGAGAUGAGCGACACCGGCCGCUGCCUGUCCAUGCACCAGCCGUGGGCCUCGCUGCUUGUUGAGGGGAUCAAGAUGCACGAGGGUCGAACCUGGUACACCAGCCACAGGGGACGGCUCUGGAUCGCGUCCACGGUGAAACCUCCAGAUCAGGACGUCAUUCGAGCCCUAGAAAACCAGUACCGUGUACUUUACCCAGAAAAGAACUUCAAGUUCCCGUCGUUCUAUCCGACGGGGUGUCUGCUCGGCUGCGUUAACGUGGACGACUGUCUCACUCAGGAGGAGUACCAGAAAAAGUACCCAGACGGGGAGAGCGACAGUCCGUACGUGUUCAUCUGCUCGAACCCCGUCAGCUUGAGGCUCCGGUUCCCCGUCAGGGGGCAGCACAAGAUCUAUGCCUUGGACAAGACCAUCCACUACGCGGCCGUCAAAAGCAUCCAGAAAAUGGCAAAACAGGCGGCAGAGGAAGCGAACGCCGGCUAACGUUAGUUUACCAACAAAAUACCAUCGCCCCACACUUUUAACUGUGGACCUUAUGCCUUAUGUAA